CAAUAUCUCUAUUGUAUAUCUAUCGAUAAGCACAAAUCGGUAUUCCAUGAUUUCUGAACCCUGCCACGGAGUUACAACGAAUCGCCAGAAACUACCCCGAUAAUGCGUGCUCAGUUCAAAUAGGUUAGGAAGAGAAUUGGACAUUACAACGGCUCCAAUGGGCUGGUGGGACAGUCUCUGGGCCUCAACUACGAGCGCCGAUGAUCCGCUACGAAAGCUGGACCCAAAGCUCCGCGAGUUCCUCGAGAAAGAAUCGCCCGUCAAAUACAGCAACGGCAAUGCGCCGUCGGCGCCGAAAUCUAGCGAUGCCGGAUCAUUAAUACCAAACACCGAGCAUGGGAGCGAGGGAGAGAGCAAUAGCAAACCUGCGGUGCCUAAGGAGAGCCAAUUCCAGGAUGGCCGCUAUGCGCACCUGUGGAAGUCGUAUCGGUCGCUAGCGGAGGUCGAAGCCGAGACCAAGACUGAUCACGAGAAAUUGAUGGACAUCUUAGAGGGCUAUAAGGAGCGCAAGGCGCAGAUUGGCCGGGCCGCCCUCGAGAACUGCGCCCUCGAACAGGUGGAUUGGCGCACUUGCAUGACAAAUCCGUCUAUGAGCGAACGUCUGACCAUGUGUCGAGAUCAAGUCAAGAAGUUUGAACGAUGCUAUAUGACACAGACGAGGUUACUCAAAGCUCUCGGGUAUCUCUCAACCCUCGAUCAAUCCCCCCAAACCGAAGAAGACAUCCAAAUGCACGCUGACGCGCUAUACCACCGCAUGUUGAAGCAAGAAGCCGAAAUGGAAACGGCGAAGAAAGAAGGGCGGCCGAUACCGAAAUUUGCACCGCUUGUGCCAAGAUCAAUGGCCAACGCUACCACACCGGAGCCCGAAUUGACACUAGAACAGCACGAGACAUUGAAGGCAAGGUUAGAGAAGGUCGCGGAAGAAGACCGCGCUGCAGAAGAGGAGGCGUACAAGGGCGAGUUGCGCGCCAAGGCCGAGGUCGCAUCCAAAGUCGAAGGGCUGUGGAAGCAGCAAGAACGGGACCGGCAGAUGCGAAAGCAGAAGGGCGAGGAGACCAUGUGGGACAAGGUUGCAGGGGCAUUUGGCGGCAACAGCAAUAGCGAUAACCAGGAGAAGAAAUAGCGUCUCUUGGUUGAAGCACAUCGAGGCGCUUAUGAUAUAGUGUGGCUUUACAAGCAGGAUGAAGGUUGCAGCAUCGACGAGGUAUCAGCAGACCUUCUGGGUGUGAACUUAUGGACUGACGAGUGAAAAUGAUUGUAUAAUACUGUAUAUAGGCUGUGGUCCACCUGCUCUCCAAUAAUGAUACCAAAUAUCAAGAUAAAUGAAUCAGUUAUCAAGGUCAGGUUAUACCAUUGGA